UUCUUGAGUAGGAAGGCUAUCUUCAUCCCUGCCUACAGGUUGAGUUGGACAAACAUCGCCUAGGGCUGCAGGAGAACUGAGAAUUAGGAGUACAAGCAGGGAUUCAUCAUGCCAAUCAAACCCGUUGGUUGGAUAUGUGGCCAAGUAGUGAAGAACUUUUCCGGAAAAAUCGAGGGAUUACAGAAAGCAGUCAUGGACCUUGUAGACGAAUUUAAGGAUGAAUUCCCCACCAUAUUAAGAUUAUCACAGUCAAACCAGAAAACAGAUGAGGUCGUGAAAACAUCUAAAACAAAAAUGGCUACCACUCUUGCUAGGAUACAAGGAGGACCAGUCCUUCAAGGAUUACAUAAAAUAUCUAGAUCAUCAAAAUCAGUUGCCAAACUUUUGCACCCUCGACUCGCCCAUAGGCUUUUAGAACUAAAGACCAUAUCUCAUCGUCUGCUGAGGGAUAUAAACAUCCCAAAGCAACCUCUGUAUAAAGUUCAGGUCAGAAAGGGUUCUUUGUUAGAUGUAAUCUCCUUUCCAGCAAAAACUGUCUUUGCAAGUAUAAUAUAUGCAUCUUAUGCAGCGCUAAUUUACUUGACAGUCUGUAUUAAUGCAUUGCUGGAGAAGGCGAAGAAUAUUUUUCAAGAAGAAGAGUCCAUAAGGCAAAACAAAAAGGAUAGUUUUGAAGUUAGAAAAGCCUUUUCUGAACCUGUGUUUUCUGAAUGUGAAAUCAUAGCUAAGCCUUAUAGAUCUCUGCCGGAGAACCCAGACACUGUUCUCCUUUCCAAACUUCCUGAUAUUAAGUUGAGUAACAAUAUUCAAGUAUUACAUUCUGUAUUUGACCAAUCAAAUGAAAUGAAUGAAUAAGUAAA